GGGCAACUCAACAACCAAAGAAGCAUAUAAACAGGUUUGAAUAUUUGGCUUUGGAGAAUGGCGAGUCAAAUAAUGUUGCCUGUGUUGCUUUUGGGGAUGAUAAGUACGGUAUCUCCUCAGGUUUCAACUACAACGACUCCUCAGACUACAAGUUUGGCAGGUCCUUCGAUUCCAACUACAACGACUACCGUGAUUACGGCGAUAAUACCCCUCUACCCCACUGAGGGAACCAGAAGCUCUGCCUCAGAUGAUGGAAGUUCUCCUCGAAUUCCCCUGCAACGACCUUUUGUGUAUUUCGGACGGACGCAUAAUCAGAUUUAUGUGAACCACAAUGGACACCUGACCUUUAACAGUCCUUGGAGUAGUUUCACAGCUCAAAGGAUUCCAGUGCGUGGAUCCAGAGACCUCAUUGCUCCAUUCUGGACAGAUUUAGACAACAGAGAAAAUGGUCAGAUCAUCUACAACCAAUACACCAGUGGUAGUAUCCUCGGACGAGCUACAGAAGACAUUAAUCGUUACUUCCCAGCUUUGAACUUCAGGGCCAACUGGGUCUUUGUUGCAACAUGGUAUCAGGUGGCUUACUAUCCAAGAACUGGAACACAAACAACGGCCCAAGCAGUCUUGAUCUCUGGUGGCCAGUACUCGUUUGUGCUGAUGAAUUAUGGGAUAAUAGCCUUUACAACUCGCAAUGUACAGGUUGGAUAUGACACACAAAACUCCCCUCACCAUUUCUCCAUCCCUGGAUCAUUCUCUAACACUGCAUCAGGCAGUAAUUCAACUUUCCGCCUGAGCAGCAAUGUCAAUGUAACCGGUCGCUGGGCUUUCCGGUUAGACGAAGGAUUAAGAGGCUGCACUUUCAAUGAUCAACCCGUGCAGCUGGGUGACUCAUUCUGGAGUGACAGUACCUGUGCACAGAAGUGCACUUGCACCUCAACAGGCCUGCAGUGUGUCAGCCAACCCUGCUCCUUUUCCCAAAUCUGCCGACCUACUUCCUUUCAGUUCUCCUGCCAGACGGUGCGGAGAGGCAUCUGCUCAUUAAGUGGUGAUCCACAUUACUAUACCUUCGAUAAGAAAGCGUUUGACUUCAUGGGCACCUGCACUUAUGUUAUUUCUGAGCAAUGGGGUCGUGGGCUGCCCUACUACAGAGUAGAGGGCAAGAAUGAGCAUCGGGGCAACACUCGAGCCUCUUGGACACGACUGGUCAAAGUGUACGUCUAUAAUGAAACCAUCGAGCUUGUCAAGGGACAUCCUGCUGCAGCCAAGGUCAAUGGCAUCUUUGCAGCCACUCCAUUCUAUCUCAACAACGGCGCAAUCCAUGUUUAUAACUCAGGAUUUUCUGUGGUCAUCAGUACUGCCUUUGGCUUGGAGGUGUCUUAUGACGCAAAUCAUUAUGUUAGGAUCGGUGUGCCCUACACUUACCAGAAUGCAACAUGCGGCCUGUGUGGAAACUUCAACAAUCGCCCUGAGGAUGACUUUCAAACCCGCCAAGGCGAGCUUGUGAGCUCUGAAGUGGUGUUUGGCAACAGUUGGCAAGCAUUAGGGGACAAUGAGACUGAUUGUGAGCCCCGAUGUGCAGGGCAAAGCUGUGCUGCCUGCACUGUGGCUCAGAGAGCUUUGUACAGCAAUACUGCCCAUUGUGGUAUCCUCCAGAGCAGUUCUGGACCUUUUGCUGGUUGCCAUCAUCAACUUCCCCCACAGACCUUUGUGCAAGGCUGUGUGUUUGAUCUGUGUGUUGUAGGAGGGUACCAACCCAUUCUGUGCCAAGCCCUAAAUGUGUAUGCAAGUCUGUGUCAACAAAAUGGUAUACAGUUGCCAAACUGGAGAAGACAAGGCUUCUGUGAAAUCAUCUGCCCAGCCAACAGUGACUUUGUGUCCCAAGGCACAGGAUGUCCAGCCACCUGUGUCAAUCCUAAUUCUACCAACAACUGCCCUCUCCCUUCCCGGGAGAGCUGCAUCUGCAAUUCAGGCUACAUCCUCAGUGCUGGAGUCUGCGUCCCUCAUGCUGAGUGUGGCUGCAGCUUUGAGGGUCGCUACUAUCGCUCUGGAGAAACUGUAAUACUAGACGAGGACUGUGGGAGACGCUGUAUCUGCAGUAGUGGUUCCAUGACCUGCCGCUCCCAUGUCUGUGGACCAUUAGAGUCUUGCAGGGUGGAAGAGGGAGUAAGAGGAUGCAGACCUAACAGUUAUGCAACAUGCUGUAUAAAAGGUCAAGGGUCAUAUCAUACAUUUGAUGGACUGACUUACCAUUAUCCUGGGGCGUGUCAAUUGACCCUUGCCAAAGUAAUGGGAUUGUCUAGUUACCCAAAUUUUGAGGUGACAGCAGCAAAAGUGCCCAGAGGCCAACAAGGUUUUGCUCGGUUCCUGAAGUUUGAGGCGGAGGGAACACAAAUUUCCAUUGAAAUGACAAACAGCAGGGAAGUUCAGGUUGACGGUCAGCGGAUCAGUCUACCAUUCAGCUCCGCGUCCAGUCGAAUCCAGAUCUACCACAGCAGCAUUCACAGUAUCAUCCUUCGCACCUCCUUUGGUGUAACUGUGCAGACAGUCUGGCCUCACUUUGUGCGUGUCACUGCACCUGGUAUCUACAACGGCUCACUGGGUGGACUCUGUGGUAAUUACAAUGGUCACUCACAUGACGACUUCCGCAUACCCAAUGGCGUCCUGGUCCACAGCUCUCAGGACUUUGGGGACAGUUGGCGAGAUGGCCCCCUCACGGCACACUGCGUGGAAAGUGUAACUCAUAACUCACUGACAACAAAUUACAAUUCUAGUGAGUACUGUGGCAUUCUUGCCUCACCGCAUGGGCCAUUUGCCCAGUGUUUGGCCAUGGUGAACCCACAGCAGCAUGUGGAUGCAUGUGUGGAGAUCCUUAGAGCCUCUAGAGAUCCAGCAUCAGCUCUAUGUGAGGUCCUACGAGAUUAUGCACUAAUAUGUCAACAGAAGGGUGUUGCCUUAGGACACUGGAGGAAUGCAACUGGCUGUGAGCAAAACUGCCCUCAAAACAGCCAUCAUGAAGUCUGUGGAAGUACUUGUCCUUCCACCUGCCCCAGCCUCGCUUUCCCUUUCACCUGUGACACUGUGUGUCAGGAUGGGUGCCAGUGUGAUGAUGGUUUUAUCCUCAACGGCAACCAGUGCGUACCACCUACAGGCUGUGGAUGCAAUCACCAGGGACGCUAUCGGCGGGGGGGCGAACAAUUCUUGCACGGUGAUGAGUGUCAGAGCUUGUGUACCUGUAAUGGCACUACAGCGGCAGUCCACUGUAUCCCCAACUCCUGUGGUCCCCAAGAGUCCUGCCGUGUGGUGGAGGGAGAGUUUGGCUGCCAUCCCAACCUUCAUGGCACCUGCACUGCCGGCGGUGACCCUCACUACUUCACCUUUGAUAGCAAGCGCUAUGACUUCCACGGAACCUGCCUCUAUGUUAUGGCGACUCCUUGUAACGCCACUGAUGGACUCCACCAUUUUUCAGUGGAAGCUAAGAAUGAGCCGUUGGGAGGGCUGGGAAUUUCAGUCCUAUCUGAAGUUUUUGUAAAUGUGUGGGGGUAUCGAGUGCAUAUGUCAAGGCGGAGCCGCGGUGUGGUACAGGUGAAUGGAGUAACUAAAAACUUACCUAUUCUCUUGAAUGGAGCUCGUGUAUCUAUCUAUGCAAGGGGAUUGAACAUAUAUGUCGAUGCUGAUUUUGGCCUGAGUGUCAUGUACGAUGGAUCGUAUUCUAUGUCAAUCUCUGUACCUUCAAAUUACAGUGGGAAAACAUGUGGACUUUGUGGAAACUUCAAUGGAAAUCCAAAUGACGAGUUCCACACUCCAUCUGGAACGUUGGUCAGCACUCCACAAGAGUUUGGGACAGCUUGGAAAGUGGCAGGAAACUACACCUGCAGUGAUGGGUGUGGCUCCUCCUGCCCACAAUGCACCAAUGAGGGACCUGCUAGAGCCCAAUGUGAGGUGAUUUUAUCAGCCAGCGGCCCCUUCAGCUUCUGCCAUGAGCAGGUGGACCCAGCGCCAUAUUUCAAUAGCUGUGUGUUUGAUGUUUGUCUUCGGGGAAAUGAGUUCCUAUGCACGGACAUUCAGGAAUACGCCAGUGCCUGUCAGUCUGCUAAUGUUCAAAUCUACCCUUGGAGACUGAACACCAACUGCAGUAUUGACUGUCCAGCCAACAGUCAUUAUGAGCUGUGUGGUACCGACUGUGCCCACACCUGUGCCAGCAGCGUUGAUGCGACCUGUGAGCAGGUUUGCUCGGAGGGAUGUUUCUGUGAUGAAGGUUUACUCAGGGGUGGGACGAGUUGUGUCCCUGAGGGAAACUGUGGCUGUCAAUAUGAAGGCUUCUACUACGAUCCUCUCGAGUCCUUCUGGACAGACGAUUGCUCCAAGUACUGUGAAUGCCAUGGUCCCCAUGACCUGCGCUGUUAUGCUGCAUCUUGCACCCCUACACAAGAGUGCACCAUCAGAAAUGGCCAGCGGGGCUGUUUUGAUCAAAUGUCUACUAGCACUACGUUGGGGGAGCCACAUUACAUCACCUUUGAUGGGGCAUUGGCUCAUUUCCAGGGCACAUGCUCUUACAUCAUUACUGAGAGUGUGAGGCACGGCCUCAAUGAAACACAGUUUCAGGUAGUAGGCACCAAUAAUCACCGUGGCAACAACCGCGUGUCGUUUCUGUCCGCAGUGGAUAUAUACCUCUCAAAUCAAAGAGAGAGUGUGCAUAUCAGGAUUGGACCCAACAAAAUAGUGAAGGUGAAUGGAAGUGCCGUGUCUCUUCCCACCACUGUAGGAACCUUAGCUCGGAUGGUCAGAGAGGGAGGCUACAUAGUGGUCGAUGCCAUUGAUUUGGUAGUCCACUUUGAUGGCCGUAGUACUUUACUGGUCAGAGUACACUAUCGCCGUCAAAAUAGAGUCAUCGGGAUGUAUGGAAACUUCAACGGUGAUCCUGCAGAUGACAAAGUCUUGCCCAAUGGCACAUUGGCACAAAAUGACAAUCAAUUUGGAAACAGCUGGAAGUCACCCACAAGCCAACCAGGAUGUGGAUCCACCGAUGAAGUGAUUGGUGAUGGACUGGACAACUGUCGAUUUAGGGCAGAAUACUCUCAGCUCUGUAGCGUCAUCACCAACAGUAGCGGCCCAUUCAGUGCCUGUCACCCGCACUCUGAUCCUCAGCCAUUCUUCAGUUCCUGUGUCUACGAUCUCUGCCUCUACACUAAAGCCAAUGGCAUACUGUGUUCUGAUGUCGCAGCCUAUGAGAAAACCUGCUCUGUUUUGGGGUUAAACAUCUCUGAUUGGCGCUCUGCUUUGUAUUGUCCUGAGUCAGACCCCUGUGACCAGCUGGGCUGCACAGAGCAUGAGUGGUGUGGUGAGAGGGACGGUGUGUACGGCUGCUUCUGUGAUGAGCACCACCAUCGGCCCAACAAUAUGAGCUACGACUCGUCCAUCAGUUGUAACAGUAGUUCAGGCACCAUGUCUGUGUCGCGCUGCCAGCUGUUUGAAGCUGGCUUCCACCCCGGCGCCCUCCACCUCCAAGAUCACUCCUGCAAUGGGACUGUUGAGGACGGACGACUGGUGUUCCACUUUAACAAUGACGACAAGCUGUGUGGGACAACUCUCAGGAGCAAUGGAACCCAUUUCACCUAUGAGAACCUGAUCCAGGGCGAUGUGGACACUCAUGGAGGUCUAAUCAGCCGCCAGAAAAACAUUCAUCUGCGUUUCUGCUGUGAAUACCCUCUUUGGCAGGCCCUGUCUAUGGAUGUGGGCAUCAACCCCGUAGAGAGCAUUGUGAGGAAGAAGCUUCCAUCAGGCCGAGGACGAUAUUAUGUGAGGAUGAUCCCCUACCAGGACUCUGGCUUCCGCUACCCGAUGACCAUUAACAGAAACAUAGACAUGGAAAUCGACCAGAGGUUGUAUGUGGAGUUACGUACAGAAGGAGUCGACGGAAGGCAGAUAUCUACCAUUGUGGAAUCUUGUUGGGCCACGCCGAUCAACGUUGCCAGCUACCCCGUCCGCUGGGAUCUCAUAAAAGAAAUGUGUCCUAAUCCAGCAGAUACUACAGUAGAGGUAGUUCAGAAUGGCGUCUCCACUGUGUCCCGAUUCUCCUUCAGGAUGUUCACCUUUUCCAACUUUACAUCCAUCUACCUUCACUGCCACGUCAGUCUGUGUCUUAAGGCACUCAACAACUGCACACCUCACUGCUUCCCAGGUCACCACCACCGAAGUAGGAGGGACAUAUCCCUCCAUGGAUUUGAACAGAUCUCACUAGGACCACUAAUCCCGCCACAAGAUAAAUUAGUCAGAGUGGUGAGAGCUAUGAGUGCUGCAGGCCAGGUGACCCCACUGCUGACCCCACUGGUGACCCUGCUAGUCGGUUUGCUGACAGCAAUAACUCUGGUCUACAUCUAAGACAAUCCAUAUUCUAAAAUCACUCAAGCUUUUGGAUUGAAUUUCUGUUUGGGAGGCCUCAUCAUUGUUGUGUUGUGUGACUUGUGUUUGGUGGUUAGAUUAAAGGAUAAGUAAUUAUUAAUUUAUAACAGUAGGUGGCGGCAAUGUGCAGCAUACAUAAGUUGGAUGUUUGAGUGUAUUAGGUCCCUACCCUUAAGAACCAGAAGGGCCACAUCUAGUUUUGUUCCUACCUUCAUCCGUACACACAGACGCCAGCAUUACUGCACUGUUACACCUACUGCCCCCGGCUCUUACUCCAUGUUUUUAUCAUUAGCUUUUAUACGUGACUUAGUUAGUAUUUUUUGAUAUAUAUGUUUUAUAUGUUUUUAGAUGUUGCAUUUGUUCACUGCACAAAUCACUGAAAAUAAAGUAAUUUGAAUUGACUUGA